UGUCUUGCUGCUUUCCUUUUUCUCUUUUUCAGAUGAUUGGUGAUCAAUCUAUCCAACUGCCGGUAUGAGAGUGUGCGCAGGGUCGCCCAGCAGUAUGGCCUUCGAGAGGGAGGUGAAAAUGAUGACUGGACUCUCUACUGGACCGACUACUCAGUGUCGCUGGAACGGGUGAUGGAAAUGAAGAGUUACCAGAAAAUCAAUCACUUCCCUGGAAUGAGUGAAAUCUGCCGCAAGGACUUGCUGGCCCGCAAUAUGAGUCGCAUGUUAAAGAUGUUCCCUAAAGACUUCCAUUUUUUCCCUAAGACCUGGUGUCUUCCUGCUGACUGGGGAGAUUUGCAGACUUACAGCAGGUCAAGAAAAAAUAAGACGUACAUUUGUAAGCCAGACUCAGGCUGCCAAGGGAGAGGGAUAUUCAUCACCCGGACAGUGAAAGAAAUCAAGCCAGGAGAGGAUAUGAUCUGUCAGCUCUAUAUUUCAAAGCCCUUCAUCAUUGAUGGGUUCAAGUUUGACCUGCGGAUUUAUGUGCUGGUGACAUCCUGUGACCCUCUCAGGGUUUUUGUGUACAAUGAAGGACUGGCCCGUUUUGCCACCACCUCUUAUUCCCACCCCUGCACAGACAACCUGGGUGAUAUCUGCAUGCACCUGACUAAUUAUUCUAUCAAUAAGCACAGUUCAAACUUCAUUCAAGAUGCUCACUCUGGCAGCAAGAGGAAACUCUCCACCUUCAACACAUAUAUGAAGACACAUGGCUAUGAUAUGGAGCAGAUAUGGAGGGCCAUCGAGGAUGUCAUCAUCAAAACACUGAUAGCAGCCCACCCAGUCAUCAAGCACAACUACCACACCUGCUUUCCCAGCCACACACUCAACAGCGCCUGCUUUGAGAUCCUGGGCUUUGACAUCUUGUUGGAUUGUAAACUCAAACCUUGGCUGUUGGAGGUCAACCAUUCUCCAAGCUUCUCCACUGACUCCAAGUUGGAUAAGGAGGUGAAAGACAGUCUGCUGUAUGACGUGUUAGUCCUAAUCAAUUUGGGAAACUGUGACAAAAAGAAAGUCUUGGAGGAAGAGAGACAGCGGGGGCAGUUCCUGCAGCAGUGCCCUUCCCGGGAGAUCAGGAUGGAGGAAGUCAAGGGUUUCCAGGCAGUGUGGUUACAGAAAACUGAGAAAUAUGAGAAGGAAAAUUGUGGAGGGUUCCGACUGAUUUAUCCUGGUCUGAAUUUGGAGAAGUAUGAGAAGUUUUUCCAGGACAGUAGCUCCCUCUUCCAGAAUACUGUUGCUUCCAGAGCACGGGAGCUGUAUACCCGGCAACUGAUCCAGGACCUGAGGCAGAAACAGGAGAAAAAAUCCUUCCACACAAAAGAGAAGAAGGUGGAGAUACAGGGCGAGUCUGCUGGCCAGCAGAUGAGAGGCAGGAAUGUGAGGAGCUGGCAACAGAGACAACAGCAGAAAUGCAAGAUUGGCACCUGUGUCCCCAAACAAUUUUAUCAUCCAGUGGCAUUAGUGUCCUGCACACCUGACUUGCUCUUGAGUGUUAGAAGCACAAACAAAAGUGAAAUGGACAGUGACUUCAACCAGGAGACCACCAAGAAGGAGGAUGGCCCUGCUCCUUGCAAGCCUGUGUCUGCAAGGCACUACAACUAUGUCCCUGACCUGAAGAGUUCAAAUCUCAACUGCUUUAGGAUGGAGCCUCGUAAGUCUGUUUCCAAAAUCAAGGAAGUCAAGUCGGGCUUUGCCCUGAACAUAUACAGCAGCACCCAGCCCUUAACCUCCAUAGAAACUUCCCCAGAACCCAUCACUCGGCUUGCAACCUUUCUGGACUCUCUGGCAAGCCUAAGCCUGACCGCCAGCCCUGAAUGUAGUAACCCAGAGAGUAUCAGCCUGGUCUCCUAUAAAUACAGGCUGCAGAAGACCUCCCAGAAGUUUGCCUGGGAGAAAACAGCAAAACUUUCUGUGUCUACAAAACCCAGGAGUUUCUCACAGAGUCUGAACCGGAACUGGAGCUCACUAAAGAAUGACAUGAAGAGGCAGCAUCUGAUGUCAGAGCUACUGCAAAAGGUUCAGAUGAGGAAGAAGCAUUCCUUGUUCCCAGCUCCCUAUAUCCCAAAGCCGUUGCUGAGUGACCAGUCACAAAACCCCUCCUUGCCCCAGGAGUGGUGCUCCCAUAGCCGCAGCUCUAUCAAGAUGAGGCAGCUGGAUGUGUCCUCCCUCCUCCUCUUGCAGAGUUCUCACAGCCAUGCCGAUUCUCUGAGUGAUCUUCUGGUGGUUGCCACUCAGGCCCGUCUGGAUCCGAGGCCUGGCAGAAGCCAUUCAGGUGCUACGAGGGACCCGGGUACACAGGACCCAAAGCACACAGCUACUGCCUGA